AUGACACUCGAACAACUUGAGGCAAACCAAGUUUCAGUGAGAACAAACAUUGACUUUAUGCAGGAAAAGAUGGAUCGUUUGCUUGAGACUAUGUUGCUCUUAGCCCAGGAGGAAAAGGAUGUUGAAACUAACAUCGAAGCCAGAAGAGUUACUGCUCAGUUUGGAUCGCCAUCGCUUAGCAUCCCUGGAGUAACUGACCUCGAUGGUAAUCAUGCUCAUCCUAAAGGAGCACCUAUCCCUAUUCCUAUUCCAAUGGUCAAUGUGAAUACCCCUAAACAUUCUUCUGCAUCUGCUCGACAUGGAUCCGUGAGGGGUAAUGAGGAUCAGUAUGAUGCUUUCUUCAUGCCACAACCCACCAAACCUGUUGUUGGAGGCCUCCUAGACCUAGCUGUUGAAAGACUUCAUGCUUUAGAAGAGAAACUCAAGUCCUUGGAGGUUCACACUACUCCCGAUUUGGAUGUUGUUGAUAUGUGUCUGGUGCCAGGCCUAGUGAUUCCCCAAAAGUUCAAAGUUCCGGAUUUUGACAAAUACAAAGGGGUUAGCUGCCAUAGAACUCACCUCAGAGCGUACUGUUGCAAGAUGCGGCCCACAUCAGCAAUGACCAACUCUUGA